AUAGCGAUUAAAUUUCUACUAUGGGCAAGGGAGUAAGGUGGAAAAGACGGAGUUGGGCACGUGGGAUACAGCUCCUUGACAGAAAUGCCUAAAGCCCCCAAAGGCAAAGGAGCGGCGGAGAAGAAGGUUGUUCACCCUUACAGCAGAAAGGCUGCUCAGAUAGCGAGAGGGGUUAUCAAACAGGAAAGGAAGGAAAGACAAAAAGUUGAAAAAGCUAUUCGUCUGAAUGCCAUAGGGGAUAAACUUCUCUGGUUUCAGAAUCAGCUUGACCCGAAUAAAGCUGAGUAUACAAAAAAAGAUGCAUGUGAAAUAGUAGAAAGAUACUUGCAUCGAUUUGACAAUGAACUGGAACAGAUAGAAUUAGGAAAUAGCGUUAAAGGCAGGCAAGGAAGACAACACAGCUCCCGAGAGAAUGUCAUCAAACAAGCCAUUGAACGGGAAAGAAUGCAGUAUGAGGGAUACGGAAUAGAAAUUCCGGAUAUUUUAAACAGUAAACAUCUGAAGGCAUUCAGGGAAUGGAAUGGAGAUCUGAAGAAGUUGCCAAAUAUUAAAAUGAGAAGAGUUUCAUCUAAAGCAAAAGAAAACAGUCAGAAAGACACAGAGGAGGAAUUAGCACUUGAGUUGGAUAAGGAUCAUUUGUCUGAAGAAUCCAAUUCUGAAUCAGAAGAAACCCAUUAAAUCGGUCGCUUGGAAUACCCCUUCCACAGUGGAUUUGGGAACCUGCUAUGUAAUUAGGUAAAUCCUCAGGACUGUAUUUUUGCAUCGCUGAGAACAAGUGGCAUAAAACCUCUGCAGAAGGAGUGCUGCCUUGAUUUCAGAAAUUGCGUAGUACCAUUAUCUUUACGGGCAGCAUGGCGCUGCAGUGGUUAGCAUUGCAGGAGCCUUGGGUUCAGUGAUGGACCUGGGGUGGUAACUGUGUGUAGUUUUGUAUGUUCUCCCCGAUUUUGUGUCGGUUUCCUUCCACAGUCCAAAGACAUACCGUGAGACUAAUUGGCUUCUGGGAAAACUGGCCCUGAUUUGAGUGUGUACGUGUCUGGUCUGUCUGCCCUGUCAUGGACUGCCGUCCUGUCCAGGGUGUAUCCUGCUUGCACUCGUUGCUUGCUGGAAUAGGCU